UUCGCUCUGUCCUGAAAGUUCGGACGUCUCCGACACGGAGUCAUAAGGUCCAUACACAUGCCAAGAAACUACUCGGGUGCUAAACGCAAUCCAUUUUAAAGACCCGUUUUAACUAAUCUAAUCAUCCCCGUAUUGACUGCAGUUGGAUUUUAAUCGAUACUGACAUCGUUGUCAUUUUUCGCGUGGACUGGAUAUAACACAAUUUUACUUGCCCGCACUUCGUGACCAGGACGCUUCCUUGGUGUGGGAGGGAGACAGACAGCAUGUGGUUCUUCUGCGCUCCUCCUGGCCGACCACUCCUCCUCCUCCCCCUGCUCUCCCUCCUGCCGUGGCUCCGGCUGACCAGUGCCUGCCCAGAGAGCUGCUCCUGCUUGCCGGGGAACAGCAUCAUGUGCUCGGAGCGGCAGUCCAGCGUCAUGCCUGACGCCAUCCCCGCCUCCACCAAGCACCUCUACGUCUUCGAGAAUGGCAUCAGCACGCUGUCCGAAGACAACUUUGCGGGGCUGGGCGCGCUCGAGCUGCUGGACUUGAGCCAGAACCAGCUGGUGGACCUCCCCGACGGCGUGUUCGGGCAGCUCUCAUCCCUCCGCAACUUGGACCUGUCCUCCAACCAGAUCGUGCACAUCUCCGAGCACAGCUUCUCGGGCCUGGUGACCCUGGAGCGGCUCUACCUCUACAGCAACCGCAUCCAGAGCAUCCACCCGGCCGCCUUCGAGGGCCUGGAGCAGCUGCUGGAGCUGAAGCUGCAGAAGAACGCUCUGACCAUCCUGCCGCCCAUACGCCUGCCCAGGCUCCUGCUGCUGGACGUCAGCCGCAACCGCAUCCCGCCGCCCAGCGCUGCCGACCUCCAGACGCCCAACCUGGAGUCGCUCAAGAUGGCCGACCUCGGGCUCACCAACCUGGACGAGGAGCUCAUGAGCUCCCUGACCAACCUCCACGUCCUGGACCUGUCCCAUAACCAGCUGACCGCCAUGCCCCCGGCGCUCAGGUCCGUCCGGGGGCUGAUCCGCCUCAGCCUGGCCUCCAACCAGCUGGGCCAGCUGGCCAAGGAGGACUUUGAGAACCUGGUGGCCCUCCAGGGCCUGGACCUCAGCAACCUGAACCUGCAGGGCUUCCCCGAGGGCUUCUUCCAGCUCUUCCCCCGGCUCAACCAACUGACGGUGGCAGGGAACCCCUUCAACUGCCUGUGCCCGCUGGCCUGGUUCCCCGCAUGGGUGCGUGGCCAGAGCGUGGAGCUCAGCCGCCCUGAGGAGACCCGCUGUCACUUCCCACCCAGCAACUCGGGCAAGGUGCUGGCCGACCUGGAGCACCGGGACUUCGGCUGCCCCGUCACCACGACCACCGUGCAGACUCGCGCGCCCGUCGUUAGCAGCACCCUCGCCGCCCCUCUCUCCCCGACCGGGCGCGCGGGCACCACCACCCCGGCCCCGCCGAGCAUCGUCCACUCCCCCUCACCACCGGACGCUGCCAAUGGCGUCCAGGACCCUGCUGCGUCCCCCAGCAGCGACGACGGGCCUCACAAGGAGCUCAUGUGCCCCUCCAACAUCUGUCUGAACGGCGGCACCUGCAAGUUCAACCAGCAGGGCCAGGUGGAGUGUCUGUGCCCGUCUGACACCACGGGCCUCUACUGCGAGAACCUGGACGAGUCGCCGUUUGUCCCCUCGUUCCGGGAGGCCGCCGUGGUCACAGUGGCGGCCACCCCGGAGCCGGACAUCAGCUCACGGCAUGUGACCAGCACGUCCAUCCUCCUGGACCUGUCCCGCUACAUCAAAACACGGCCGCACAUCCGCGGCAUCCAGCUCACCUACCGCAACCUGUCGGGCCCCGACCAGCGGCCUAUGACCCUGACCAUCCCGGCCUCCUACCCUGAGUACACACUGCGGGGCCUGAGGCCCAACUGCACCUACUCAGUGUGCGCCAGUGCCAUGGGCGAGCCUGACGCCGGCAGCUCCUGCACGGAGGUGAGGACGACGGGCGCGCCUGUGGCCUCGCCUGUGGAGCCGCACAUCGAGGGCCCCGUGGCGUCCUCCCUCGUCCUGGCGCUGGCCGGCCUGGCCUUGGUGAUGGUGGUGACGGCCGUGGUGGCCGUGCUGGUCUUCCUCCGCCGGCGGAAGCGAUCCAAGGCGGCUCACGUGGAGCUGGACGCCGACGAGCCCACGCCGCUGGAGCUGGAGGGGGUCAAGGCGUGCCUGGAGAACGGGGCGCUCCCGCAAAAGCAGCCGGAGAUCGCUCCAUGCCCCCCGCAGACACCCAACGGCGUGGAGUACGAGGCGCUGCUCAUGCAGGGACAAGGCAACGCUAACAACAACGUGGCCAGCCUCAAACCCUCGUACUUCUGAGCUGAGAAAAGAGACCGCUUCAGUUCACUUACUUCUGAGCUUAGGUGACUCUGUAGUUCAGACCUCCGGCCCAUGGAGGGCGCUCUGACUUUGAACCCAUUCUGCCUUCCGUGGUGGGUCUGCAGCAGACAGCUAUGCUAGCUAUGCUGUCACGAGCAAGCAAACCCAAUCAGCUGAAAUAUGCUUGCCAAAAACAAAAAAAAAAAAACAGUAUUGAAAGUAAGUGCAAUUGCAGAGAUAUUUUUGACCUCUUGAAAAUGAAGGUGCCUUUUCUUUUGCAUUCUCAUAUGUCUGCCUUGUAAUCAUAAUGACUUUUUUAUAAACAUGAAACGAAAGAUGUAAGACUUUGCAAAUCGUGUUGCUGGACUGUGAGAUGGGGGAAGGUGUUGGGAAGGCUGCAAUGCUGGCUCAGGCUGAGAGCAGAGAGGAGGAAGAAGGGAAGAAGGGAAAGGGUUGAGGGGAGAGGGAGGGGACAGGAAACACACAGAAGUUUUGUGUGUGUGUGUGUGUGUGUGUGUGUGUGUGUGACAGUGUGCGACACGGCGGACACACCAGGACAGCGCCUCCGCCGUGGCCACGAGCCAUUUCUCUUUCGUCGACACUCGCUGGCUCCGCACGAGAAAGUUGCACUGACGACAAAACAAAACAAAACGAACUAGUAACUGGGUCUUCAUCCCUCUCUCUCUCCCUCAAGAUGCUGGAGAGGAAAUGUACAAGGAAAUGAACAACAAAUGUUGGUACGGAGACAGAUUUUUUUUUUUUAAAUGGCAUUUUGUUUUGCUUCAUGCUGCAGCUCAAGAUCACCCCAC